AAAGCCCUCUGUCCCCUUCUUCAGCUGGAGCCUCGGGUUUAUCUGGAACCCUGACGGAAUCGCUGAGGUGCCCCACGCCGUGUGGAGAAGCAGCGGUCGGUCCAUCGCGGUGAAGCCCGGGGGAGGAGCGCACGGCCCGGCGAGAGGCGCAGGGAAACCCGGGGGUCUCGACUCCACUUAUCCUCUUCCAGAUUUAUACAGCCAGACUCUGCAGAGAGUAGGACCAGACCAUGGCCAUGUUCUCAGCCCUGGGGCUGCUCUGCCUGCUUCUGGGAUCAUCACUCGCCCAGCAGAGACCUGGUCCUCGUGGAGCUCCUGGACCUGCAGGACCACCGGGACCCCCAGGGAAGGAUGGCAUUGAUGGAAAACCAGGACCAGCCGGACUUCCUGGAAAACCGGGGCCUAAAGGUAAAGCUGGGAUCCCAGGGACGGCUGGGACCCCCGGCCUGCCUGGACUGCCUGGAGUAGACGGUUUGCCGGGUCCUGAUGGUCCGGCGGGGAAGGACGGACCCCCGGGGCAGAGAGGUGAUCCAGGACCUCCAGGACCAGCUGGACCUCCUGGCAGAGGGAGACCUGGAGCAGCUGGGCUUUCCGGUGCUAAUGGACUUCCAGGUGGGAUGGGACCUCAGGGACCUGUGGGACAGGAGGGUCUCCCAGGACUCCCUGGUCUGCCAGGUCCAGACGGACUCCCCGGACUUCCUGGUUCUUUUCCUGAGGGUAACGGAGACAUGUUGUGCCCCGCCAUCUGCCCACCAGGCCCCCCGGGAGCUCCUGGAAUGCCUGGUUUUAAGGGCCACACGGGUCACAAAGGAGAUAAAGGGGAGCUGGGGAAAGACGGUGAGAAGGGUGAUGCAGGACCCCCCGGACCCCCUGGCAUCCCAGGAACAGUGGGUCUACAGGGUUCUCGAGGUUUGAGGGGACUUCAGGGUCCAGUUGGUGCAGUUGGAAACAGAGGUUUGCCUGGUUUCAGAGGAAAGCCUGGUGCUGCUGGAUUAAUCGGGAAAACAGGUGAUGCUGGAGAGAAAGGACCAGAGGGAUUUAAAGGGCCGAAAGGAGAGAUCGGUAAAGUAGGACCUAAGGGAGUGCCAGGACCUGUGGGUCAGAAAGGAGAACCUGGAAUCCCAGGCCGGGAUGGUAAGGAUGGCACUCACGGGCUGGAUGGAGAGAAGGGCGACGCCGGGCGGCCUGGUGUGCCGGGAGAGAAGGGGCCGAACGGUUUGCCGGGUUUGCAAGGAAAAGCUGGAGGAAAAGGAGCCAAAGGAAUAGUCGGUGACCCAGGAGAAAUGGGAGAAGCAGGGCCAUCUGGAGAACCAGGUAUUCCUGGUGACAUCGGUAUUCCAGGAGAAAGAGGAGAAGCUGGACCAAGAGGAGUUGUUGGAGCUCUCGGAUUGGUUGGAAACGCUGGACCUCAAGGAGUAAAAGGAUUUCAGGGAAUUAAAGGAGCCCUUGGUGACCCAGGACUUCCAGGACCUACAGGACUCAGGGGGGGAUUUGGAGAGAGGGGUCCAGUAGGAGCUUCAGGACCUAAAGGAGACAUUGGUAUGGCUGGAAGUGAUGGCCUUCCAGGAGAGAAUGGAGAGACGGGUCCGUUCGGUCCUCCCGGACAGAAAGGAGAGUCUGGAAAGCGUGGUGAGCUGGGACCUAAAGGAAUUGUGGGACCACAGGGAGAAACCGGAGCUAGAGGUCUUCCUGGAAAGCCUGGUCUGAUGGGAUUCCAAGGAGAACCAGGUCUGCCUGGUGUCGCUGGAAAGCCUGGUGUUCCCGGACGUCUGUCAAGUGAACAACACAUUCGAGAACUCUGUGGACCAAUGAUUGAUGAUCAGAUGGCACAGCUAGCGGCUAAUCUGAGGAGGCCCCUGGCUCCUGGUGCAGUUGGUCGCCCAGGGCCGGCUGGUCCCUCAGGAAAGCAGGGUGAAGUCGGGUCCAUUGGCCUCCCUGGAGCUCGUGGACCUCCAGGCUACAGAGGACUUCCUGGAGAACUGGGUGAUCCAGGUCCCAGAGGUGAUGUUGGUGAACCAGGUGAUAAGGGAUCUGUUGGAAAAGCCAUUGAUGGGCCACCUGGAGACCAAGGAGAACCAGGUCUACAGGGAGUGCACGGCAUCGUUAAAGACGGGCGCGACGGCGCACCUGGAGACGCAGGUGAGCCGGGAGAGUCCGGGCGCCCGGGCAGGACGGGACACCAGGGACCACCGGGAAUCUGCGACACGACGGCCUGCCAGGGAGCAGCGGCCCACGGGAAAUCCUCCAACCCCAAAAACCAUUAAACACCAGAGCCUUCAUCCUCCUCAAACAGCCCCCACCGCCCCCAACGAGAGAACACAACCAGCAGCAGCAGCAGGAGCCGAGGGGAAAGAGAGAGAUGAAGCACAGAAAUCCCCGUUUAGAACGUUCAGGGGUCCGAAUAAAGAGAAAUAUAUCAGUGGAUGUGAGAAAUCAAAAGACGAAGGAACAUCAGGAGAACAUGUUAAACACGACGCAAACGCUGGGAUGAACAGGAGGAGCGAGAGAGCUGAGAGACUUCACGCUGAGACUUCAUCUUCUUCAUCUCUUCAUCUGAGAAAACUAAAGAACAAAGGCCGGGCGAAAAGAAAAGAAGAAAACCAAACAUUAAAAAAAGAAGCAUGUCGUUAUGUGUAGAUGUGUGUGCAAAAAAAAAAAGAGAAAGUAAACUAAAAAUUGUUUUUUUUUUUGUUUUUUUUUU